AUGAGCAGCAUCAAUCGCGACAACAAAGCCCCAGCAAAUGAAGCGGAGGCUCAAAAGCAAAACGGUACUAAUAGUCCUGCUGUGGCUGUUGGUGAUGGUGCUCUCGAUGAGCUAGAAAUUAUCAAGAUUGCAGAGGCACGCACAAAAGCAGAGUCCCUGCCCCUGUUAUCUGAAGCCAACCAAAAAAUAGUGGCUACUAAUACUACCACAAGUGAUCGAGCAUCAUCGGGGCCCGCAGCCUCAACACUUCGAGGACAACGAGAUCGCCCAGAUCCUCCCAGGCCACACCAGAGAACAGGCACCACAUCACCAGCUGACACUGAUAAUGGUUUGGAAGAUGACAGCAACAGCGCGGAAUUAUUCAAAAUUUUGGAAGCAAGGGAACAAGCUCUGGCCAGGCAACAGCAGCACACUGACACAUCUGGAAAUAAUCAAGAAAAUAGAGUUGCAAUGUCUAUGAUUGUGGCUGCCCGGGACCAGCAAAUCUCGACGCUAGGGCAAAAUGAAAAUACCACCGGUGCUCUCGAUGAGCUAGACAGUAUCAAGAUUGCAGAGGCACCUGCAAAAGCAGAGUCACCGGCUUUGUUAUCAGAAGUCAACCAACAAGUCGCUACUGGGACCACCAAUGGUAAAGGAGCGUCACCUAGUAGGCCCACAGUCCUCAGAUUUUUACGCAAGAGGGCACCAGCCGUCAAUCAAGAAGAACGCCUGGAAGAAGGAAAUAUCACUGAUGUCCUAUGCAACGAGAAUGUGGGUCAGGCUGCAACAAAUCUGAAUCCAGUCAUCGAUGAAAGCCAACCAGGGGCCUACUCGGGGGCUCCUGGGCUUCCCCCGCAACGGAAUCCGACUCCAAGAUUUUCUCAGUUAGGCAUUGUGGGAACCACACCAAUUUUUUCACCGUCAUUGGAAAUGGAAAUAAGUCAAGAAGAAUCCACAGAGUUUCAAUCUACCAACAUGCCUGACAGUCACUCUGGUUUGAUGGUGGCCAAUCUUGUUGCUGAUCUACGCCACGAGAAUCUACAGUUGGCAGAAGAAUUACAAUCAACCCAUGAGAACGAUAUUGAAGAGCAAAGGGUUGAGAGGAGUAAGCGUGCCAUGCUGAGUGCAUUAAAAUGGCUGCUCUUGGGGGUUGUUCUGAUUGUGGCAGUUGUCCUUGCAGUGGUAUUAGGGACUAGAAACAAGUCAGCAACUAUAGCACAAGAAGCUGUAUCUAGUGCACCAACAACAUCUGUGAUGCCCUCCGUCUCCCCAUCAUCAAUGCCAACUAAGACACUACUGUCAGCCAGGUAUGAUAUCAAGGGGCUUUCAGAAAGUACAGCUGAGUCGAUUGGUAAGCCUGGUUCCCCACAACAACAGGCUUAUGACUGGACAUUUCAACAUCCAAAAUUUGACGAAAUGCCAAAUUGGCGGAAACUGCAGUUGUUUGCAUUGGGAACCUUCUACUUUUCCUUUGAAAACUGGCCAGAUUAUUACCAGUGGAUGGACUACAGCAACACAGAAUGUUCGUGGACAACAGACCUGGACUCCCCAGAGGGAUCUGGCUCAACAAGUUCCGGGAGGCCACCAGGAUAUCGUGUGGGUUUCUGGUGUUCUUUUUCAUCAUCUUGCUGUCUACCUUCCCUUCCCUACCCUUUUGACUCAAACUGCAAUGAUGAAGGUCAUUUCUACUACAUGAAGCUGAGACUCUCAACCUGGGAUGCCCCGCCUAUUUCUGGGACUCUGCCACCUGAAGUAUUCCUCCUCACUGGAAUCACAAUAUUUGAUGUUCGUGAUGCUGGUCUUACUGGAAGUAUUCCUUCGGAGAUUGGUAUGCUUUCCUUGAUGACAGACUUAAAUUUCGCCUCCAAUCAAAUCACAGGACAGAUUCCUUCAGAGAUUGGUUUUCUCACGGAUUUGGACUAUUUGAAUCUUGGCGGUAAUGCCAUAUCCGGUUCGGUUCCAACCAGCAUUGGCCAGACGAAUCUUACUAGGCUUCUCUUGGAAUACAACGAGCUAUCAGGCUCCCUUCCAUCGGAGCUGGGCUUGCUGUCUUUCCUCCAGCGCAUGGACUUGGCAUUCAACCAGAUCACUGGUCCUUUGUCGUCUGAAUUGGGUAGCUUCAAGAGUAUAAGAAGACUGGAUGCUAGGAACAACAACAUUUCAGGUCUGCCUACUGAAUUGGGUCUCAUGACUGAUCUUGUGUAUCUAAUGCUCCGUGACAAUGCCAUUGCAGGAACCCUCCCAAGUGAAAUAGGCAACCUGUCCAACAUGGAAUACCUGAGCCUCGAGCGAAACUUGAUAAAUGGAGCAUUUCCAUCUACAUUCAAUCACUCAAGUGCACGUCAGUUUGAUUUACAAGACAAUAGAUUGACCGACAUCCCCACAGAAAUAGGGAACCUUGGAGACGACAUAGAGCAGUUGGACCUCAGCAACAACAUGAUCGCCACCCUGCCAAGCGAGUUGUUUCUCUUGACAAGCCUUUUCUUGCUUCGGCUAGAUAGAAACCAAAUAGAGCAUUUGCCAAAGGAAGUAGAACAGAUGACAAAUCUGGAUCCUUGUGGUGGGGGCUGGGAUGCGCCAGACCGGUAUUGGCUGACAUUGAAUGGGAACAAGCUAGCAUCAGUACCUACAGAGAUUGGAAGUCUGACAAACUUGCGGUCUUGGAAUAUGGACGGCAACUCUAUUUCAUCAUUUCCUGGUUUUGAAUGGUCCAACUUGACACACUUGCAGUCAAUUCGGCUGUCUCACAACAUGCUAAAUUCUACAAUUCCAUCCGAACUUGGCCUCCUAAUUGAUCUUGCCGAGUUGGAUCUGUCAUCAAACGUCUUGGUUGGGAGCAUACCUUCUGAGUUGGGUGGGAUCGUGGGAAGUGUUUCAAGGUGGAAUGAGACACUCGGUGAAUAUGUUCCACAGGAGGUGCCAAGGGUUAAAAUACUCAAUUUGGGGAACAAUCUACUAAGUGGUUGGUUGCCAUCGGAGCUUGGCCUCUUGACGGAACUGAGAACUCUGGAUUUGUCUCACAACUUGCUGAGCUUCAGCGUUCUAUCGGAAGUUGGUCUCCUGCAGCAGCUCAUUGAGCUGGACCUGUCAUCAAAUGGCUUGAUUGGGAGCAUACCUUCAGAAAUUGGAAAUGUUGAGAACUCAUCUAGCUGUUGGAGGACUAGUUUAUUCUUUGGCGCCUAUGAAUCCGACUGUGCUAUGUUGCUUCUUCUGGACCUUCAUAACAAUUCACUGACUGGCUCACUUUCAACCGAGAUGGCAAGAUUGACUGGAUUAGAAGUGCUGGACAUUUCCUUCAAUAAGAUAUCCGGUCCUAUCCCAUCCGAAUUUGGGCAGCUCAUGACCACUCUUACAAAAUACAAUGCUACACUUGAUGUCAUCUAUGUUGAUGAGAAGGAGACACCCCUGAUCCAAACACUUGAUCUGAGUAACAACCAGCUGAGUGGAUGGUUGCCAUCAGAGCUUGGCCUUCUGACAAGCCUGGAAACUCUGGACUUGUCAGUCAACAGCCUCACAGGAUCCAUUCCCAGUGAGCUGGGGAAUCUGAAUGCCUCUGUCAGCCGAAUCAUGCUGUGGGGCAACAACUUUAGUGGCACUCUGCCCCAAAGUUUGUGCCCCUGGUACUGCACAAGGCAACAGUGCUCUGUGACAGAGUAUGCUAGUGAUACCAAUGGGUCGGUGAUGGUUGCUGGAGAUUGUGGCACCAUGGCUGGGUGGGUGGAAGUGGACUGUUCAGAUGAAUCCCUGCUGGACUGUAUCGUUUGUGAUUGUUGGUAA